AUGCCGUCUACCAAAAUCCCUCUCGUCCUACCACUAUCCUUCAUUGACCUCGAGAACGAGCUACAGGAGCUGAUCCACCUUGAGGCGGCGAUGAAGCUCUACAAUCAAACCGUGGGAUUCAGAAACCUGGCGAUGAUGGCAACUGGAGCGAUUCCGAUUUCCGAUAUUAUAUCGACCAAGACUAUGCUCGGUCUCCACCUCGAGUCUUGGGCACAAGCUCGGCAAAAAGAGGAAUAUUUGGAGCGCAGCAUUCUGGAUCGUCUUCGACAACUUCCAGAAGGUAUCAGAUGCCUCUUUGUGGCAGCUCAUCGCUCGGCUCUGAAUGAUCUUGGGCUUUAA